UUUUUCCUGACCGCACUUGAAGGUAGCACAAGGCAGACAACGAACGGUCCAAUUCACCUCCUUCAUGGACACUCCCUCCCCAGCGGAAUGGACGGAACUUUUUGUCUCACAACGUUGAUUUACAUCUCACAGGAGCCCCUGAAGAAGCCAGGGCCGUCAUGACUACUCCGGGUCGAGAGAAAAUAACCACACAGCAUCCACCGAACACCAGCCGACCCCAGACUGUGUGGGCUGUGAGUCGGUAUGUGGCUUUGGCCGCACUGUGCAUCUUAUGCUACAGCAAUUCUCUCCAUGGGGAGUUAGUGCACGACGAUGUUUGGGCUAUCGUCAACAACCCGGACGUCCUGCCGGGUUCAUGUGUCAAAAACAUCUUCAGAAACGAUUUCUGGGGCAAGAAGAUGUCAGACAAUUCGAGCCACAAGUCCUACAGACCUCUAUGCAUUCUCACCUUUAAGUUGAACAUCCUACUUGGUGGGAUGACGCCUCUGUACUUCCACAUUGUCAACGUGUGUUUGCACUGCGCUGUAACCUGCCUCCUCAUGCACACGUGUGAACAGUGUGCGUUUAAAGAAUCUCACCUGGCUUUCAUCACAUCUGUCCUGUUUGCUGUGCACCCUGUCCACACCGAGGCUGUCUCUGGAAUUGUGGGCCGGGCUGACGUCUUGGCCUGUCUGCUGUUCUUGUUGACUUUCCUUUACUAUAAAAGGAGUGUUGAUGUGACUGCCUCUGAGGACUCUGUACCCUCAACAGUCUCAGCGGGGUCUCUGCUCACCAGUUUACUGCUCGGUACUUGUGCCAUGCUGGUGAAAGAGACGGGCAUCACUGUAUUUGGUGUGUGCAUAUUUUAUGAUGCCAUAGUGCUGUGCGACAAGGCCUUCUUUGGUCACCUGUCUGGAUCCACCUUCAAACAGCUUUUCCAUAAAUGGACUCCCUUUAUCAAAAGAGCCUGUGUUGUUUCUAGUUAUGACAAUCCUGCCUCCGUUGCUCCUCACUUGCUAACCAGAAUUCUGACAUACUCUUACCUGUUGUACUUCAACACCUGGUUAUUGCUGGCUCCCAUUGUGCUGUGCUAUGAUUGGCAAGUGGGUAGCAUCCCUCUUGUUGAAUCGCUGUGUGAUAUUCGCAACGUGGCCUCUGUUUUACUGGCUGUGGGGAUGGUUGCCCUCUGCCUGAACUGUAUGAGGUCACUGCAGAGACAAAAGAGCAAAGAGGUGUUGGUGGGGAUAUUGUUUUUGGUGUUUCCUUUCAUUCCUGCGACUAACCUUUUCUUCAGAGUGGGAUUUGUUGUGGCCGAGAGAGUUCUUUACAUGCCCAGUAUGGGUUACUGUAUCCUGGUGGUUCAUGGCCUCAGUCGUCUUAGUUCAUUGGUAGGACGUUGGGGCACAGCUUUCGUUAGCGCCUCAAUGCUGCUGCUGCUCCUGCUCUUCUCCUGGAAGACUUUUCAGCAGAACCAAGUCUGGCUCUCCCGGGAGGCUCUCUUCAGUUCUGGCAUCCGCACUCUUCCUCACAAUGCCAAAGUCCAUUAUAACUACGCUAACUUCCUGAAGGACAACAGUCGUUACCAAGAAGCCAUUUACCACUACACCAUUGCACUCAGGUUGUACCCCCGACAUGCCAGUGCAAUGAACAAUCUUGGUACUCUGACACACACUCCAGAGGAAGCAGAGCGCUACUACAGAAACGCAUUGGACACCAACCCACAGCAUAAUCGAGCACUCUUUAAUCUGGGAAACCUCCUCAAGUCACAAGGGAAGGAGAAGGAGGCCGAGACACUUCUAAAGGACUCAAUUAGCUUCGGUCCACAUUUUGCAGAUGCUUAUUCCAGUCUUGCGUCACUCUAUGCUGACCAGAAGCGCUUUGCUGAAGCCAAUGAAAUGUAUUUGAAAGGUAUAGAGAAUUGUCCGGACAACUCCGAUCUCCAUAAUAACUAUGGAGUGUUUCUGGUGGAUACUGGAAAAGAGGAACUGGCAGUUGCUCAUUAUCAACAAGCCAUUCAACUCAAACCAGUUCAUUAUGUUGCCAUGGUGAACCUUGGCCGCCUUUUCCGCUCCUCCAAUAAGAACAAAGAAGCAGAGUCUUGGUAUAAGAGGGCACUUGAAGUAUCAACAAAAGUGGAGAUCCUAGCACCACUUGGAGCACUGUACUACAACACUGGACGGUACGAUGAAGCCCUGCGGGUUUACAGAGAGGCUGUUCGCUUACAGCCAGAGAACACCGACAUUUGGCUGGCGCUGGCCCAGGUUUUAGCCACUGCUGGGCACACCAAAGAGGCAGAGAAAAUGACCCGCAACAUCAUUUCCAGAGAGGACAGUUGCAUCGAAUGUUACCGGCUGCUGUCUUCCAUGUACAGCAAGCAUGGCAACCACACAGAGGCUUUGGAAGCUUUAAACAAGGCUCUACAGCAGAAUCCCGAUGAUGUCACAGUGACAGCAGAGUUGCAUUUCUCCAAAGGAAACCAGCUACGAGAAAUGAACCAGUUGGACCUAGCUUUUGAGAGCUAUCAAUUGGCUGUGGAACUCAAACCUGAUCAGUCCCAAGCAUGGAUGAACAUGGGAGGCAUUCAACAUAUUAAGGGUGACUAUGCAACAGCCAGGAUGUACUACCAGAAAGCCUUGAGUCUGAAUCCUGGUUCAAAACUGUUGAAAGAGAAUUUGGAGAAGUUGGAGCGACUGGAGAAGAAGUUGACAGGAGUGUCGUAGUGGCUCCUACUGUACUCUUCUCCUGGAAACCUCACAGGAGUCACCGCAAGUGGACCUUGGAUAACCUGGACAGCAGUUGGAAUGCUGGAUGGACGCCGUUUAGUCCCACGCUGGGUCAAUGACACGAAGGGAAAGGGAACUUUCCGGAAUAAUGAGGAUUAGUUGAGGCACAGCAUUUCCAGGUUGAAGUAAGGAAUUCCUUCUGAAUGCUAUAACAGGAAGUAUAUACAGUAAGUAAACUGUACAUUCAUUUUACUGUGUUAUCAGCUUUACCAAAACAUGCUGAUAUGCAUCUUUAUGGAUUCAUUAUCAUUCAGAGGUCAAGAAAAGUCAAGUAGAAGUUCUGGAUCUGUAGAUCUAUACCUUCACAACCUCAGAUUGUAGGUUGGAUCACAUGGUGUUUCUCGGAAAACGCUGAUGCGGAAGAGCAGGAAUGUUGGCUGUGGUGUUCAUAUUUAGAAAUGAAUAAAUGAUCACCUGUCACUCACGUAAUAGUGUGUGCAUAAGGAAGCCUUUAUUUAUUUAUUUUUUAACACGCAGAAAUUAGCUAAACUAAAUUACCAUUUAUGCUGUAUGGUUCAUUACACAGCCUCAUUAAAUCAGGUGUGUUGGCCGGACAGCCAACACCUGCAUGUACGUGCACCUGUGUGGUUUGCCAGUGGAUUCAACAAAUACUAAAAACAGGGCAGUGUUCAUUCUCUCGCCAUCAUUUUUAUUCAAAAGUCACUUUUGUUUCUUGUUUUGCUUUCUCAAAUAGCACCCUUAACUUACCUUGCCUUAUAGCUCAUCACCUGAGGUCACCUGGAAUUCUGACUAUCAAUGCUGUUUUUAUACCAUAGUUUGCUAUAUGCAACUUUUCAGCCUUGGUUUGGGCAUACGCACAAAUCCUAAAGAUAAGACGGCUGGUUGUGAGUAGCUCGCCAAAGGGUCAAAGAAGAUUUUGUCUCUGGCCCCAUUUUGCUCUUCAAUAUUACUUCUGUACUGCAUGUAGCCAAGUGAGUAUUGUAACACUGUUGUACAUCGCGACUAUUGUGGCUGUUAUUUCAUGUCUACAUGGCUUGCUUUUGUUAAAACAUUUAAAAGUUGGAAA